AUGUGCCUCGUCUCAUCCUUGAACACCAACAACAUGUUCCUUAUCUGUGAAGGUGAUCCGGUGAACGAGAUGUUUUUUAUCAUCCGAGACAAAGUCAAAAGUUCGAUGAUCAACGGCGAUCAGACAGGGUUUUACAAUUCCAUAACACUGGGCCCUGGUGACUUUUGUGGAGAAGAGUUGCUGACAUGGGCCUUGGUUCCGAAUUCCGACUCCUUAAACCUUCCAUUGUCGACCCGAACGGUGAAGUCGAUUUCCGAAGUCGAGGCCUUCACCCUCCGCGCCUGGGAUCUCAGAUACGUGGCGAAGCAAUUCAAGCGAAUGCAUAGCAAGCAACUGCAACACGCAUUCAUAUACUAUUCCCACCAGUGGAGGACGUGGGGAGCUUGUUUCAUCCAAGCUGCUUGGAGACGGUACAAGAGGAAAAAGAUGGCCAUUGAGCUAGCAAAACAAGAGAACUUAUUCGACGACAUGGACAAUAGCAGCGAGGGAUUAUUAGCCAUCGCAGAAGACGAUGACGGCGAGGCUGGAUCACCGGAUACCCACGAGCAGGUCCAACAACCUGAUCUUGGUGUCACCCUACUGGCUUCUAAAUUUGCUAAAAACACUAGGAAAGGAUCACAGAGGAUGAUGUCACGGCUUGGCCAUGAUGAUUCCAUGUUAAAAAUGCCCAAAAUGUUUAAGCCCGUGGAGCCUGAUUUCUCUGCCUUGUAG